ACCAUCGGGUGUCUUCCGUCCACUGCUGUCCACUGCCGUCCACUUAGACGCUGGCCGACGCUUUUAUCUGAUUCCCCUAAACUUUUUCUCUCUUUCUCUCUCUCUCUUGCCUCAUCUAUCUUCUCCUCUUCCCUCUCUCUAAUCGACGCUGUAACUGGUCCAGUGAGCUUGGCAUCUUCUCCUGCCCCCCCCCCCAACCCCACCUUCAUCCUGAGUCUGUCUGCGUCCUACUUUGGCUGGGCAGCAUCAGCAGCUGGCCAGCGCAAGAGAUGUCCGCGUCUAGGAGUGAGUCCGUCCAUCCGUCCGGCUGUUAACCCCGUGUCAGACUUGCACACUUUGGGGCACAGGGGGCGGGUGGUUGAAUGGGAGAGGAGGGGGUUAUUCUGGUGCCCCACCUCUUUCCCUCUCCUCCAAACGCGUACAUUCGUCCAUAAGUCCAGAAGUCCUGCCGGCCAAACCACUUUGGUACAGUAUUUCUCCUGA